AUGACUUCAAAAUCAUCCCUGUAUCGGAAGCGCCGUCGCUAUCUCGAGGAGGUAGAGAGAGAACAUCAGGAAGAAUUCGAUGCAUUGGAAGCUUCCGGUUCUGUUUCGGUGCCGGCAUCAGCGGGCAUGAGCUGUGAUGAAGCGAAUGACCCGAAUAGUUCAUCUUUAGAAAACAUUGGUGGUGGCAUAGGUAAUGAAAGUAGCAUGGAUUAUGAUACUAACUAUACUAAUGAUAUGCAUGUUAACGAUAUUAAUACUAACGAUAUUAAUACUAACGAUAGAGUUAUUGAUGAUAUAGAUGAACCAGUUGAAAAUGCUGAUGAUUUUUGGAGGGAUGCUUAUAGCUUCCUCAAUAGUGUUGAGAAUUUGAAAGAUGCUUUAAAGUAUUUGGCAAUUGUAGGGCAUCUUUCUCGCAGCUUUCUUAAUUUGCUGUUGGCAAUAUUAAGAAAGUUUGGUCACCCUGAACUUCCCAAAGAUGCACGUACGUUGCUAAAAAUUCCCAAAGUUAGCAACGAAAUACAAAGCAUAACAAGGGGACGAUUAUGGUAUCCAGGGAUUGAGGUUGCUCUUAGAAAUUUGUUUAAGGAUACCAUUCCGGAAGCAAAUCAAUUCAGCUUACAAAUUUCAAUUGAUGGUCUUCCUCUCUUCAGGAGCAGCCCCACCGAAUUUUGGCCCAUUCUUUUUAAAAUAAAUGAAAUACCUGAUUGUCCAGUUAUGGUUGCAGGUAUAUACAGCGGCCAAAACAAACCAAAAAAUUUGGAGCAAUUUCUUCGGCCACUAGUGGCCGAAUUAAACGUAUUGCAUUCCCCAGGUAUGCAGUUUGGCCAUAAGACAGUUCCUAUUUGCGUAAAGGCUUUUGUCACCGAUUCACCGGCGCGGGCUUUGAUAAAAUCGGUGUUAGGAUUUCAGGGCAAACACGGAUGCACCAAGUGCACCGUAGUUGGAGAGCGUGUGGAUUCUUUACGUAAGAAUGCUCCACAAAUUUGUAUCACAGUUCCCAACUUUCUAUGGUCGCACUCAUAUGACGAGUAA